GACCUUCUCGCCCAAUGCUCACAUUUAUGGGUUGGCAGAAAAUGGCGAAGCCUGCCCUUAGCUUCAAGCUUCUGUGUAUAGUUUCAACUCUCUGUUUCGUUGUUUUAAUCGAUUUUGCAGGUUCAGAGAUCAUAUUUGAGGAACGAUUCGAUGAUGGGUGGGAGAGUCGUUGGGUUAAAUCAGACUGGAAAAGGAGUGAGGGCAAAGCUGGUUAUUUUAAGCACACAGCGGGCAAGUGGUCUGGAGAUCCUGAUGAUAAAGGUAUCCAGACAUCAACCGAUGCCAGACAUUUUGCAAUAUCAGCAAAAAUACCAGAGUUCAGUAAUAAGGACAGAACUUUGGUGCUCCAGUAUUCUGUGAAGUUGGAGCAGGAUAUUGAAUGUGGUGGUGCCUAUAUUAAGCUUCUAUCUGCUUAUGUCAAUCAGAAGAAAUUUGGUGGUGAUACACCUUACAGUGUAAUGUUUGGACCAGAUAUAUGUGGCACACAGACGAAGAAGCUCCAUCUUAUACUUUCCUAUCAGGGACAGAAUUAUCCUAUCAAGAAGGAUCUGCAAUGUGAAACAGACAAAUUGACUCAUUUUUAUACAUUUAUUCUUAGGCCAGAUGCUACUUAUAGUCUCCUCGUUGACAACAGAGAAAGAGAAUCUGGAAGCAUGUACACAGACUGGGACAUUCUUCCUCCUCGAAAAAUUAGGGACGUCAAUGCAAAAAAGCCUGCAGACUGGGAUGAUAGGGAGUACAUUGAUGAUCCUAAUGCUGUCAAGCCAGAGGGAUAUAAUUCAAUUCCAGCUGAAAUUCCUGAUCCCAAGGCUAAAGAGCCUGACACCUGGGAUGAAGAAGAGGAUGGUAUAUGGAAGCGGCCAAAGAUACCAAACCCAGCAUACAAAGGACCAUGGAAGCCCAAGAAAAUUAAGAACCCCAACUACAACGGCAAGUGGAAGAUUCCAUGGAUUGACAACCCAGAAUUUGAUGACGAUCCUGAUCUUUAUGUGCUGAAGCCAGUCAAAUAUGUGGGAAUUGAAGUUUGGCAGGUUAAGGCUGGUUCAGUUUUUGAUAAUGUUCUGAUUUGCGACGACCCUGAGUACGCCAAACAAGUUGUGGAGGAUAUAUGGGCCAAGAAUAGGGAGGCUGAAAAAGAGGCCUUUGAGGAAGCUGAGAAAGUGAGGCGAGCUCGUGAAGAAGAGGAAGCUCAAAGAGCAAGAGAGGAAGGUGAGCGAAGGAGGAGGGAGAGGGGUCAUGAUCGACGAUACCGGGAUAAGGAGCGUUAUAGGGAAAGAUACAAGCGGGGCGAUCGCCGUGAUUACUUGGAUGACUACCAUGAUGAACUCUAAAGCCUACUCUCUCUUUACUCAUGCAGGAUGAACUCUGAAGGUGGUUUGCAGCCCUUUUUUUUGGCCCUUCUUGUAUGCUAUAUCAUGCAAGAUGAGAAGGAAGUCCCACAUUGCUAAAGUCUCUUGCAAAAUCUGCACCAGUUCCGAAUAAAGAAUUAUGUUAACUCCCUAUUGUUGUACAACUGUAUUUGCCACGGUUAACGGCUGUACAUUUCUUCAAUA